CUUGACCUGCCGUCCAAAAAGUGUCGCAGGGAAGCACAGGAAGUGACUACUGUUAGUAAAAUUUUAUUUUCACUACAGUGUAUCCGGUGACAUUUUAUGAGAGACAUUUUGAUAUUUUAAAUAAGAAAACGUUCAUUCUUGAAAAAUGGUAAGAGUGAAGGUAAUCGGGAAUGAUUCUGAAUUCCAGUCGGAGCUUACAAGCGCCGGCUCUAGACUCGCCGUAGUCAAGUUCACAAUGGCCGGGUGUCGGCCCUGCAUUAGAAUAGCUCCUGCCUUCAACUCGAUGAGUGCCAAGUAUCCACAAGCUGUGUUUCUUGAAGUUGAUGUGCAUGUAUGUCAGGCAACUGCUGCUGGAAACAACAUUUCAGCAACACCGACAUUUUUGUUCUUCCGGAACAAGGUGCGGGUGGAUCAAUACCAAGGAGCCGAUGCCACUGGGCUGGAGGAAAAGAUCAAGCAACAUGUGGAAAAUGACCCUGGAAGUAGUGAAGAUUCGGAUAUCCCAAAAGGAUAUAUGGACCUUAUGCCAUUUGUAAACAAGGCUGGGUGUGAAUGCCUAAAUGAAAGCGAUGACAGCGGCUUUGACAACUGUUUAGUAAAGGACUCAUCAUACCUGGAAUCUGAGUGUGAUGAACAGCUGCUCAUUACAAUGGCCUUUAGUCAGCCUGUGAAGUUGUUUUCAAUGAAACUUCAAUCAUCUGAUUUAUCUCACGCGCCAAAGUAUGUGAAGAUCUUCAUCAACUUGCCGCGUUCAAUGGACUUUGAUGACGCUGAGAGAAGCGAGGCUACUCAGACACUCGAACUGACGGAUGAGGACUUCAAGGAGGACAGCCUGAUUCCCCUUCGCUAUGUCAAGUUUCAAAAUGUUAACAGCGUCACUCUGUUUAUUAAGUCAAACCAAGGUGAUGAGGAAACAACAAAAGUGAAUUAUUUAACUUUUAUUGGAACACCUGUACAAGCUACAAACAUGAAUGAUUUCAAACGGGUUGUGGGGAAGAAAGGUGAAAGUCACUGAAGCCGGAAUGAAAGAAAAAGACUGGAAAUAUUGCUGUAAUCAAUCAAAGGACUGUCCUAUGCCAACAUAACACUUCUAAGUUCCAGUGUAACAGUUUAUUUUGAGUAAUCUUAAUUUUUCGGGCUGUGAGAACAUUGUUUUGGUCUAGACAACACAAACAAUUUUUAUUGUAAUCCAGAAGAAACUGUAAAUAAAGCUAAUCCUUUUUUCCAAAGGCAAA